AUGGCUAUAUCGAGGUCGUCCCUUUACGCGUUGAAGGGAGUGUUGUUGUCUUUGGUAAACCUGAAGAUUUCAGCUCUCUCUGAUGGUUUCGUUGUGAUAUUUAUUGCUCUCGCGGUUGUUGCUCGUGUAUUUUAUUAUCUACGGAGUUUUAGAGAUGAAGUCUUUGUUUCAUAUUCUUCUCAUCUAGAUCUCCUCUACAAGCCUGUUGUUUUGGCAUGUGGCCACAUUUCUCGUUUCUGGUGUGUAAGCAAGUCCAUGAGCGGACUACACCAGUCACAUUGUCCAAUAUGUAGGAACAAAUAUUACCAUUUUCCAUCCAUAUGUCCGACACUUCACUUGUUUCUCCCAAAGAUGUUUCCAAUUGCAUAUAAGAGGAGGAAAAAUCAAACUCUAGGUUUAAGUUUCUCGUUCUUAGAUUUUGUGGGUCUUGUUGAACUGUCAGAUAAAGUAUGUUCUGGUUCAAUUCUCCAACUUUAUUCUGACAAGUCGAAUUUGCAAACAUUUACUGAAGAUGAUAGGAAAGUUAGUAUUAGUUCUAUGGAUGAUAAGAAUUUGAAUUCAAAAUACGGAGAUGGAAAUUGUGAGCCGGUUUCAGUUAAUGAUGUACUAUGCAGUUCGUGCAACAGCGUGCUCUUCCAGCCCAUUGUUCUUAAUUGCAUUGCAUCAUCUUCCAAACAAAUGAGACACUCAAAGUGCCAAGUUUGUCGAUGCCCACAUCCAGGAAAAAUUCCAGGAGUCUGUCUGGAGUUUGAUCAUUUUCUGGAGGAACAAUUUCCAAAAGAAUAUGCACUAAGAAGAAUCUACAAGGGAAAAAAAUCCUUUUAUUCUUACUUUGUCGAAAAGUUCUUAAUCCCUGUUGUUUAUGAGCCUGCUGGCUGCAAACUUGCACACUCAACUUCGUCUCUAGAGCAUCCCUUACCUUGGUGGAAACCUGGUUCGAACAUCCAUUUUGGAUUUGGUUGUGAUUCUUGUGGGAUGUAUCCAAUAAUUGGUGACCGGUACAGACGUAAAGAGUGCGUGGAGGAAAUACGCUAUGACCUUUGCGAAGAUUGUUAUAUGACUCACUCAAAGAUUCUUGGUCGGUUUAAUCAGAAGCACACCCCAGAGGCCAGACACAAGGGUUUGAAAUGAUAAAAUCGAACCCCACAUGCAAUAUUAUGUUCAGAUUGCUGAGGGGACAAUUGGAAGAAGUUGCUGCUUCUUCCAAUGCAUUGAGCAAUGCAGUGGAAGAUCUAUCAAAAUGUGUUCUCUUCUCUUUCCAAUAAUACUCGUGAAGAUGCUGAAAAUGGUUUGGAUGCUACCAUUACAUCCACUGAGACUGAGGAAAACCCGAGCAAUAACCGGGGGCCCUUUCAUGAUUUCCUAUGUUUUGCCAUUGGACUUCAUGGUUAUGUGCAAGACGAUUGCUAUAUAUCUGCUAUUUUCAACUUUACAUUUAGCAUUGGCCUCUCCCAGUUCAAUUCACUUAUGACGUGUACGGUUAGGAGGAUUAAUCAAUACUAUCAAUAUCCAAUAUUGUGUACCAAAUAUGCACUAAAAGUUCAUUAUUGCCGUGUUAGUGAUGCCAUAGUAUGGAACUUCAGUCUAAGCUUAUCUUGAUAGGGUGAUUAUACUACGUAAAACAGGUUCUCCUUCCUGGCUUUCCAGACUCACAAGAAGUCUCAUGAAGUGUACUUACUUUGUGAAUAUACACAGCA